AUCCCCACUGACCCCCCUUGCUAGCUGCACAGGCCACCCAGGGUCUAGUUUGGGCAUGAGUGUAGAGGACGGGGGUGUGCCAGGCCUGGGCCAUCCCAGGCAGGCCCGCUGGACCCUGAUGCUACUCGUGUCCACUGCGAUGUAUGGUGCCCAUGCCCCAUUGCUGGCACUGUGCCACGUGGAUGGCCGUGUGCCCUUCCGACCCUCUUCGGCUGUAUUGCUGACUGAACUGACCAAGCUGCUGCUGUGCGCCUUCUCCCUCCUGGUGGGCUGGCAAGCAUGGCCCCAGGGGACCCCACCCUGGCGCCAGGCCGCCCCGUUCGCACUAUCAGCCCUGCUCUACGGCGCCAGCAACAACCUGGUGAUCUACCUUCAACGUUACAUGGACCCCAGCACCUACCAGGUGCUGAGCAAUCUCAAGAUUGGAAGCACAGCCCUGUUCUACUGCCUCUGCCUCCGACACCGCCUCUCUGCACGCCAGGGCUUAGCACUGCUGCUGCUCAUGGCAGCAGGAGCCUGCUAUGCAGCUGGUGGCCUCCAGGACCCUGGGAACACCCUUCCUGGGCCCCCUUCAGCAGCUGCUGCAGGCCCCAUGCCCCUGCAUAUCAGUCCACUGGGACUGCUGCUUCUCAUCCUGUACUGCCUCAUCUCAGGCUUGUCUUCCGUGUACACAGAGCUGCUCAUGAAGCGACAGCGGCUGCCCCUGGCACUUCAGAACCUCUUUCUCUACACUUUUGGUGUGCUCCUGAACCUAGGUCUGCAUGCAGGUGGCGGCCCCGGCCCAGGGCUCCUGGAGGGUUUCUCAGGAUGGGCAGCACUCGUAGUGCUGAGCCAGGCGCUAAAUGGGCUGCUCAUGUCAGCUGUCAUGAAGCACGGCAGCAGCAUCACACGCCUCUUCGUUGUGUCCUGCUCGCUAGUGGUCAACGCCGUGCUCUCAGCAGCCCUGCUGCAGCUUCAGCUCACGGCUGCCUUCUUCCUGGCCACGCUGCUCAUUGGCCUGGCUGUGCGCCUGUACUAUGGCAGUCGCUAGCCCCUCACCACC